GACGUUGGGUCUUCCCGUUCGGCGAUGGCGGUAUUCGACAUGAAUCAAACUUGUUCGGUCGUACCUAGUACGGUACAAACGGACGCGGGCGUUGCGGGUGCUGGUACACUCCUCUCCUUCAUAAUAACAAACAGCAUCUCGUUGCUUCUGAGCGCCAUCAUCGUCCUUCUGGGUCUACGCAAAUCCACCUCCGCCCCGAUAUGUCGGAAAUUGCUGCUGUCGUUCUCCGAUCAACAAAUCAUCACGGGCAUUGGGAUACAAUCGAUAGGUCUUGCCAAAAUGAAGACAAUGGUGCCGUACCACUUUUUCAUCAUAUGGCUCCUCUCGCUACAAUCAACAGCAACAAACCUUGCGACGCUCGUUGCGCUCGUCAAUGACUUCAAGAGAGAUUGGGUGCUACGUUGGUUACGCCAAUUCUUCAUGUUGCUCAACAUGUUUCUCGGCGUCUUGUCUGGUAUUUUCAUAUUGCAGACCGUCACAAAAAAUCUGGAGCCUCGCUUGCCGAUUGCUUGCGUGUGGACUGUCGAUGGUCGUGGAACAGCUUCCAAUGCAGCGCUCUCCAUAGCUGGCACAAUUGCCGUCAUUGCCUGUCAAGUGGUGGUCUUCGUCGUCGCGACAUGGUAUCUGCACAAUCGCACCGAACCAAAAUGGCUCAAGUCCGUCCAGGUUUGCGGGCUUUUAAUUCUGCUCGCCCUGGGGACUGGGGCAACCAUUCGCGUCAUUAUGGUCAGUCAAGCCUUUGGAACUGUGCCCGAGGAUGUGAACUUGGUCGGCCCCAGUGAGAAGGAGUGGAGCUACGGACAGCUACUGCCAUUGCUGUUGCUGGCCUUACCUUUGAUUAAUUUGGUGGAAAUUAUGAGAGGGGAGAUCAGAAUGACUGAGAGUAAGGUCGAUCAAGAUGGUAUGAAGGAGGGUUUGCUGGGAGACACGGAGCUAAAUUAUCAACCAAAAUCACGUUGGAGGGGCAGAUGA